UAUUCUAAAAAAAGAACAUUAUAUAUGUGUUCCAGCUGAGCCUUGUGUAAAGAAUGAUAAACACCAUGGAGGUGGUUGAAUUCAAGGUACGUUUACACUGCAAAGCUUGCGAGAAAGCUGUCAGGAAAUCCUUGCUCAACAUCAAUGGAGUAAAAUGCGUGGAAAUAGACAGGGUAUCAAAUAAGAUCACAGUGUUGGGAUAUGUGGAUUGCAAAGCGGUGGUGAAGGCCAUUCACAAGACGGGGAGAAGAGCCGAGGCAUGGCGGCCAUCAUCAUCAGCAGCAGCAGCACAUGGAAGGGAUGAGAACUUUAGUCCCAGGCUUCCUAAAGGCUUUAGCUGCAUUAUUCCUCGAUGGGGUUACCGUAAAGUUUGAAGAGUAGUCUGUGUUCAUCACAACGCCUUCUUUUCCUAUGCCUU